AUGUCGAAUGAUGACCAGAAAAGUGGUGGAUCUAAUGCAUCCAGCAUCCCUGUAGGCCUUGAAGAUUUGUCAGUUUCUCAUUUGAGGCGUCCAACUCUUGAGAAGGCCUCUGCCUCUGAUCAAGAAAAAGUGGAGGAGGGUCAGCAGACUAAAAAUGAGUCCCAAGAAUCAGAUGGGAUGGUGCCUAAAACUGAAACAGCUGGUGAAAGCAGCAGUGGUACUGGUAAUGAUGAUCAAGUUCCUCCUUCUAUUCCUUUGAAAGGCUCUGGAGGCACGCAUGCAGUAGAUGAUGAAUCUUAA